UCUGAUCUAUAAUUACUAUACGUUGUCGAUGAACGAAUGAAUUGCCAUGAAAUGUAUAUUUGUUUAUAAUAAAUAUAAAAAUUGAGUAACUUGACAGAAAAUGCAUCUAAAUUUGAUGCCAAAUGGGCGAUCAAUGCUAAAACUUAAGAGACCAACGAUUCUUUCGUAACUCUAACUGUACAAAUGUAUUUAUCGAAGUAGUUACAUUGAAGAAAAGAGGUUAUAAAGAAUAGUGUAAUGAAAAUCCAUGAAUUUCAAUAAAUGUGAACAUUGUAAAAUUUCGAAAGACAGUUAAUAUGUAUUCUUUAAUGAAAAGAACCUUUAACUUAUUAGACAAAGUUCCGAUAACCAAAGGAUGGACGUUCACGCAAUUAAUGAUUUUUAAUCAUUUUCAUAAAAACCAUCAAAUUUUGUAUGAUGAAAAGAAGCAUAAGGAUGCAAUAGCAGUUUAUAAUUUUGAUAUGAUGGAAAAGAAGGAAAAAGAAACGUUUUUAGAUGUUAUACGUUUAUACGUCAAGGAUCGCACUUUGCAAAGGGGACAAGCCGACUUUAUUAAAUACGCUUUGAGACAUAUGAAAGAGUUUGGCGUACACAAGGAUUUAGAAGUUUAUAAAGCUUUGCUAGACGUAUUUCCGAAAGGGGUACACAUACCUACGAAUAUAUAUCAAAUAAUGAUGUAUCAUUAUCCAAAGCAGCAAGAUGUUGCUCUCUUAUUGCUUAGACAAAUGGAAGAAAAUAACGUGAUGCCUGAUUACGAACUGCAAGAAAUGAUUCUAAAUAUUUUUGGCGAAAGAAGUUAUCCUAUACAAAAGUUAUAUCGCAUGAUUUAUUGGAUGCCAAAGUUUUCCAGACUAAACCCUUGGCCUCUUCCUGAACCAACGCCUAAAGAUCCGCAAGUACUUGCAAAAUAUGCUAUUGCAAAAAUAUCUAGCAUAGAUGUACGAGCCAGGAUUACGGUGUAUAAAACGAAAGAUGUGCUAGAUGCUGUGGACGAUACAUGGAUUAUAUCCAGUAUAAGUAAAUGGCAACAGACACUGCUUGCUGUACAACCAACCAAUAAACCUUUAGUUAUAGAAGGACCAUUUAUAAUUUGGGUUGGAGAUCAAUGUAUAGAUUAUUUUGUAUUGAAAGGAGAUCCCAUAAAAAGGGAAGUUAUUCCUGAUACAACCGAUGAUGUUUCUAAUUUGAAAAUCCCAUUUUGGGAAAGUCUUCACACUAAGAUACCUGUUACUAUUCACGAACAAAACGAUGGUGUAUAUUAUGCGAUGUGCGCGACCGGUACAUCCUCUAAAGAUUCCUUGUUAUCUUGGAUAAGGUGUCUAGAAAAAACAAAUCCCAUUCUAAACAGUAUACCAGUAGUUUUCAAAUUUAAAUCACUUACCGACGAUCCGUCGUAUUUAGAAGAUAAAAAGGCAAACGAUAAGGAAGAGUUAGAGGAUACAAAAAUAUUAAAGGAAUAGUGAUUAACUUAUGGGUCAAUUAUUUAAAAUGUAUAAAUAAAGUUGAUUUUAUAAUAUUUUAUUUAAUUUAAAAUAUAUUCCCACUAAACAGUCA